AUGCGGUUAAUCAAUAGUUUGACUCUGGGUUUUUUUUUCCUGUCAUCAGCUGACAGCAAGGCGCUGACCAUAGGUCUAGCUGUGGGCAUCCCACUCUUCUGUCUUCUGGUUGCUGUGGUGGUUGUCCUGCUCUGUCUGUGGAAGAGGCGGCAAAAUAAAUUGGUUGUCACAAGGUCCCUGCAGUCAGAUGAUGAUGAGGAUGGUCACUUUAGAUCAGUUUUCGCCCAAGGAUUUGCUAAGCGUGGGAUUUUUGACGGGAAAGACAGACCAGGGUUUUAUGAUGGCUUUUCUGAUGUAGCUUCAAGAGCUUCUGCAAGCACAGAAACUGGAGCUAAAGCAGAGAAAGCCAAGGGCAGCUUUUCGUGGGACUUCAUAUACAAAAUUCUGGAUACAAAUAAAGAGGAUUUCCAGUUACCAAGACCCAAGUUAAGUCCAGGAUAUACGUCCAAAAUAUAGUCCACCAACCUCCACCCACUUCCAGCUUUACCAGAUGUUUAUUUACUACUCUUGCCAACCUCUAGACAACCAGUCUUUAGAUUCUCAACCACAAACCAACCAGUUUCUACGGAUUCACCAAGGCAGUUUAAUUGUUGUAGAUUUUAACCAGAGAAAUUAUUUCUUAAACCUAGUGGUUGGAUCACACUGUUGUAAAUUAUAAAGUACUUACGUUAUUAAUUAAUUUCUAAAAUCAUUAACCUAUGAAAUCAAUUUUAGUUUAAUUUUUUUUUAUAUAUACCAGCUUUUUAUUUUAUUUGUGUCUUAGGUUAUUUACUAACAAAUGAAAACUAUUUUAAUGGGUGAAUGAAUGUUUAAAAUGGUGCCAAUCUAUUUAUUUAUUGUGGCUCAGAGAAAUUAUUUCUUACUGUGAAAAUUAUUAAGUAAGGAAGAGGUUCUCUAAAAAGGAAGGGUUCCAAUAAUUGCAUUUAAUAGAAAGAGUUUAAAACUGGUGAUAAAUUUGAAGUAGAUUUUAUUUUGUGUCGAACAAUGCAUCAAAGGGUUUUAAUUUUUUAAUGAGCGCACAAAAAAAACAAUCAAAGCUAAUUACAGAUUUAAUUAAUGUAUUGUUAUAUGUGGGUUAACUUUUUGAUAAACUUUUAAAAUAAAACCAGCUCACUGUGGUGCUGAUAUCUUGUUUGAUAGCUUAAAAGUUCCAACCCUAAACAGUUGAAGUGUUUUUGUUGCUCAAUGACUCUUGAACAUUCCAUGGCAAUUUGUUUUAUUUACUUGAUCUCAGAAUCGCCACUAGAUUAAUAGCUUAAGAUUAAUCAUAGAUUCACUCCUGUGAAAAUCCUGUCACUUUUUGGAAGCAUAGCCAUAAUCAAUGAUGUAGCCAUACACAACUGAUUUUAAAAUAUUCUCCUAUGGUAAUAGACUAAAGUGUAUGACUACAACCCUGAUGGUUAGAAUAUAAGAUGGUUAUAUCACAGCUAAAUUUUUUAAGACUCCCUGAAAUGUUUACACAUACAUUCUGUUAAAAUUUAACCUUUAAACUAUUCCACAUAUGAACUAUUUUUACAACAAUUUCAGCUAAAAGACAACUCACUGUGUUUUAUUUAUUGUUUACCUCUCCUGUUUGUUUUAUUUAAUGCUUACCUCCCCUGUCUUUCUUACAAUGUGCCUUUACAUAAUAUAUAAACCAUGCUGGCCAUGGAACAGGAAUUUCUUGUAAAUUUAAUCAGGUGAUGGUUUAUGUGAUGUAUGAUAUUUAAACAUUUGUACUUGGAUUACUUUUUAAAAUGUUUCUUCUUUAUUAAAAGUUUUUUUUUGUUCAAAUAUUUGUGAUAUACUAAUGCCUUAUAAUUUUUAUGUCAAUAUUAUGUUUAUAUAUUCUUGAUUGUCACUAUAAUAAAAUGUAUAGCUUUUUACCAUAUGUUGUGAAAUGUUUGCAAUUAUAUACAUAACUUAUAUUCAAUACAUUGU